GGUAUUGGCAAAACCGUUUUCACACAGAAAGCUUCGUUCGACUGGUCUCAACACAGGUCUCCGGAAAGGUUAGGAGCGUUUGAUCUUUUCCUUCUGGUAAGAUUACGGGACGUUUGUGAUCUCCAAGAUGUUCCGUCCAUUUUGGCGGCUUCCAGAACGCUGGCUAGUGAUGGCACAGUUACCGUGGUCAACCUGUAUAACUACGUUCGCCGCCAUCAAGAAAAAGUCUUGCUUAUCUUGGACGGCUACGAUGAGUAUGUUUACACUGCUGGAAAGCAAUCGCCUGUCCUUGAAAUCUGGAAUAAAAGUCAGUUACGAGAUUGUUGUGUUGUAAUAACUUCAAGGGAAAUGAAUGCAGAGACGUUGACAAGUUCUAGUGAUGCUGUUUUCAAGAUAGACGGCUUCACCGAUCAGCACCAAGAAGAUUUCACUCGUAGAUUUUUAGAAGAUGGUGAAGAUGUUAAAAAGUUUUUCGGAUANGGAGCGUUUGAUCUUUUCCUUCUGGUAAGAUUACGGGACGUUUGUGAUCUCCAAGAUGUUCCGUCCAUUUUGGCGGCUUCCAGAACGCUGGCUAGUGAUGGCACAGUUACCGUGGUCAACCUGUAUAACUACGUUCGCCGCCAUCAAGAAAAAGUCUUGCUUAUCUUGGACGGCUACGAUGAGUAUGUUUACACUGCUGGAAAGCAAUCGCCUGUCCUUGAAAUCUGGAAUAAAAGUCAGUUACGAGAUUGUUGUGUUGUAAUAACUUCAAGGGAAAUGAAAGCAGAGACGUUGACAAGUUCUAGUGAUGCUGUUUUCAAGAUAGACGGCUUCACCGAUCAGCACCAAGAAGAUUUCACUCGUAGAUUUUUAGAAGAUGGUGAAGAUGUUAAAAAGUUUUUCGGAUACCUGGAGGAGCACAACCUAAGGAAACUAGCACAAAUUCCUCUUCUUCUUCUAAUUAUGUGUCUACUCUGGAAGGGGAAAGAUCGCAACGCACUGCCAAAGAAACGCGCGGAAAUCUUUACUCAGUUCGUGAAGACUUUGUUUCAUCACAUGCGUGAAAAACAGUCUGCUGAGUCGCUGUUCGUUGAAGAAGAUUACUCAGAUGAAUUAUAUGCAUUAGGGCGCUUGGCCUUUGAAGCUCUCAUGAACGAUAGUCUGCACUUCCCAAGAAGUGAAUUACCUAACUACGAUCUGAUCGAGAGGUUGAUUGAAGUCGGCCUUUUUCAAGUUUUAAAUAUGUCAAGUUUAAAUCCUGAAAAAGGUGUGUAUUUCAUUCAUAAAUCCCUGCAAGAAUACCUCGCGGCAAGUUUCCUGAAAGAAGAGCUGAUAUUAUCUAAGAAGAAUGAAAUUACAAAUUCCCUGUCAAAGUUGGACUCGGUUGAAAAGAUCCUCAAAAGGAGUGAAGUGUUAAAAUUUGCUGGUGAGCUGUCAGAAGAAGCUGCGCGCGAGAUUGUGAUUCACCUGAUGAAAAUGGCGGCCAACGAAGAAGGACUGACGGAGUACACCUUCGAUAGCGAAACACCGUCACAGUGGGAUUUGUCACAAAAUCAAAGAAAUUUCUUAACACUCUGUACACAGUUGUUUUUCUACUGUUCAGCUGAGACAAAAGAAAAUCUCUUUCCUACAUUUCUUUCCUCUUUCAGAGGAGUUAUUUUAAUUAAAGCAGACCAGUUAAAUGAUCUUGUGAAAGAAAAGUUAGUUAAAACUACUGUAAACGUAAAUUACGUGUUUUUCACUGAUGACAAAGAGUAUACAGAGCAAGACUAUAGAAACGUAAUAAUUUUAUCUGAACAAUUAAAGGCUUUCAUUGUAAGUUGUUCAGGAGAAAAGAAAGCAUCAGAAUUUUUAAGCAAGUUUUCAUGGCGUCGAGUUGAUGAAUUUUUCUUAAAGAAAGAAGAAAACAACACUCACCUGUAUUUUAUGAAAAUUAUAAAAGCUGAACAUAAAGACAUUCCUUUUCUUCCAUGUAAAAUGAUUAAGGCGCUAACAAGUAAACAAGAGACAACAAAGAAGACAAACAUGAAUGGUGCUGAGUCAAGUGAAGAGAGCAGCAGCAGCUGUUGUUCAAAGCGUCAUGGUCUCUCCAGGGCUCGGGGGAUUGUAGCUUAUGAUGUGAACAGGUCAGAUGUGGAACUGCUGAUUGAGAUGAUGCCGUUUAUCACCGUUCCACACAGGAUACUGGUUUGGGGUAAAGACGGUGAAGUGUUCGAUGCUGAGUUAACAGCGUGUCUGAUGAAGAGCAUCCAAUUAACACACAAACUGCAGGACUUAACACUCAGUCGUAUCAAUGUAACAUCGUCACCUGCUGUGGAGUUCAUCAACAAUUUAUUCAAACAAGAUCUUCCAAACUUGGUGGAGCUCGACAUGUCAUGGAAUCCUCUUACAGGUGCAGGAGUAGACAGCUUGAUUCAACAUCUCAGCUGCGCUCCUCACCUGGAGAAACUGUGGCUUUAUGAUGUGAAGAUGACUCCACAGCAGGUGAUGGAUCUGUCAUCAGCCAUCAAGCAGCACGGCAACAUCAUUAUGCUGUGGUCAUACUACCACGUAAGUUUUCCAAUUUUAUCGCAAUUUGUUUCUUUAUUCUUUGUCUACAGU